GCGCGGGCCUUGCCUCCUUGCUUACCGCGGCCAGACAUGACUUUACAGUAAAACUAACUUUUGUAGACUUUACUACAAAACUAGGGUUUAGCGUCUUAAGGCCUUUAUACGCUUUCCUAGGGGUGGGGUCAGGAGUCAGCUUUUCAUUGGUUGUAAUUUGGUCGCAGAGAAGUCCAAUGAAAUCUGAAAUUUAGAAUCUUUGUUACGUAGGCUUGUACUGAAAACACAAGUUUCAUGUAUGAACCAAUGGAAACAAAAAGUAUCUUGAGGCCUAAUUUACAUAAGGUGGUUAUAAAAGGCUCAGGUCCUCGGGGUUGCAGCUUGUUUUCUCAAUUAACUAGGCAACUCUCCUGUGUUUUGCAAUCAUGCCUGAGCCGGCUAAAUCCGCCCCGGCUCCCAAGAAGGGUUCCAAGAAGGCUGUCAACAAGGCGCAAAAGAAAGACGGCAAGAAGCGCAAGCGCAGUCGCAAGGAGAGCUACUCCAUCUACGUGUACAAAGUGCUGAAGCAGGUGCACCCCGAUACGGGCAUUUCGUCCAAGGCCAUGGGCAUCAUGAACUCGUUUGUCAAUGACAUCUUCGAACGCAUCGCAGGCGAAGCUUCGCGCCUGGCACAUUACAAUAAGCGCUCUACUAUCACGUCCCGGGAGAUCCAGACGGCCGUGCGCCUGCUGCUGCCGGGCGAGCUGGCUAAACACGCCGUGUCGGAGGGCACCAAGGCGGUCACCAAAUACACCAGCGCCAAGUAGAGGCCCGCCUGGAUCAGGCACUCGCUGCCCCUCUUGCAUAAUCACCUGCUUAAAUCAGGAAAGAGCUUUGUCCACUUGCAUUAGUUUCUAGUUUCUAUUCCAAAGUUAAACUUCAAGGAUCUUGGAGAAGGUACACUUCAGUUUUAAGCGUUUGUAGUUUUGAGGUUCUCUGAGCUGGUUUGCAGUUGGCUGUAGAGCUCGCACUCCAUUUAGCUCCUAGGAGUUACUUUCAAACUAGGGUAAUGGAGGUUGGCCUCUUGGCCGGGUUUCUUCCGUGUUCUAGACUGUUCGGACACUUUAUCGACCUAAGUGAGAUGACUGACUUGAUUACUUUGUCGGUUAGAGGGCUCCAGGACACACCUAAACCUGUGGUGACCAAUACUGUGUACCACCCAACAACUGAAGUCGCUCGGUUCAGCUAUGUGUCCUGGGUACAGACAGUUUCCGGUAGUUUAGGGCGGUGUCCUUGCCUGUAACUGAUUAAUUUACCAACACGAACGUGCGGCGUUGUUGCGAAUUUGGUAGAACUCUGUUGGGGUUCUCCCUCAAGCUUUAGAUUCCUGUCCAUGGCUUAUGAUUUUCUUUUUUCUCCCCCAUUUAAUACUUUGCGUUUACCGCUGCGGUGCCAGGGUGCCGCUAAGAUAUAGCUCAUUUUUGCUCUGGACCCAUGAAGCGAUCUAAUUCACUAACCCUAGGAAUUAACUUCUUCCUGCUUGUCGCGUCUCCACACUCUGAAGUCGCUUGCUUUCCUGUUUACACUGUGGUCAAGCCGACCAGACGUUCUGAUAAGUCCAGAGCCCGCAAAUGCCUGACAUACUCCAAAUGCUCAAGUAUUUAUUAUUGAAUUAAUUUUUGUAUCACUGCUUUUGUAAUUGCUUCCGUGGUUCCGGGGAUGGGGGUGGCGUUGUCUGUUCGAUGGAACAGAAGUGUUUGAAGACUCUUUCUCCCAAUCUGUUAAUGCGAUGGCUGUUCUUGGUUGUCAACUUGAUUACAUCUGGAAAUAACUAAAACUAAAGUGACAGUACACCUGUGAGGGAUUUUUUUUUCUUAAAUAAUUUGAAGUGAGAAGAAGCACUUUUAGUCUGAAUCUUUUGAGAUGGGAAGACCCACCUUUAAUCUGGGCCACACCUUCUGCUGGCAGCCUGUAUAAAGGACUUGAAAGAAGGAAGCUUGCUCUGGCUGGCUGGUCUCUUCCUUCACUGGCGUUAGAGCCUACUUCUGGAUUCUGGCAUAUACAGAAGAUGAGACAUCCAGCCUGGUGGACCCAACAGCUACUGGAUUCAUGGACCUUCUGUUGGUAGGCUGCCACUGUUUGUUAGACUAGAUGAACCCCAGUCUGUAAGCCAUAUAUUUAUGAAAAAAAUCACAUAUAUAUUUCACUCUAUAAGUUCUGUACCUUGAGAACCCUGAUUAAUACAAUUACCUCAGUGUAAUUGAGGCAGAGCCAGAGGGGUUAAGACUCUGUGUGUGUGUGUGUCUAUGUGUGUGUUUGCCAGGAGCUGAAUUUUUCACAAUUUAGAGUAAACUCUUGGAUUUUCAUUAAAUUGAGAGCACUUGGCUUUGGGGAAAAGCCUCCUUUUACCUCUACCAACAUCUUCAUUCCUAGUUUUUCUAUUCCCUACUGAGAUGAAUUUUCAAUUUACAAUUUUCCCUUUCAUUUACUUUUCAGAGGGUUCUGCAAGAUGGGCCACAGAGUUACUAGUGAAACUGAUGGAAGCUAGGUGCUUGGUCCCACUGCCAUGCCCAACACUGUCUGCUUUCGUCUCCGUCAAGUCAGCUGCCUUGGCUUGCUUUUGUGAAUCUUCCCUUCACAGUCUUGAUUUUGCUGAUGAGGGCACUUGAUGCUCUCUGAUCACUUUCUCGGUUCUGUGUUAAGUUAAGGGUUUCUGAAGCUGACAAGAGGAGCUUUGUGAAUCCAAAAUGAGCUCCAGACACUGGCAUAGAUUGACUAAGUCCUGCUUACCGCAUGAGCAUUUCUAAGUGUGCAGACGCCGUUAUUAUUAAAUCACAUUACCAAUUAGUUUCAAAUUUUUGCUGGAUUGUUUUAUGUGGAACUCAUUUUCUCAAAAAAUAAAAUGAGCAGAUAUAACUGUU